UUAUGUGAUCAAACUGUGUAAGGUGGCAAUGGCAAAAUGAUUUACUGUCCGAAAACCACGAGAACUCGAGAUUGGUGUUGACAAUGGGUGACACCAUAAGGGAUUGGUGGGCGGGGCUAUCUUCCAAUGGCUCCUCCCAGUUGGACAACAUGGUGUGUUUCAACGCUACCCAGAGCACCGUGCUGAAGGGGCUGCAGUUCGGUGGAGUGCCUGUAGUUCUCCUGCUCGACUUCAUCGUCUUCCUGGUGCUGUUGCUGCUCUUCUCAGCCAUCAGGAAGAAGCUGUGGGACUAUGGACGCCUGGCACUGGUCGCAGACAACGAAGGGUUUGAAUCCCAUCGACGUUAUGGCCGCAUGUCCUCUGUCUCGUCUAAAGGAGAGGAUCCUGAACACGAGAGGGGUCUGUGCACCUGGCUGCCUUACAUCAUUAGAAUGGAUAUGUCGAUGGUGCGGGAGCGUUGCGGCGUGGAUGCCGUACACUACCUGUCGUUCCAGCGCCACCUCAUCGUGCUGCUACUGCUCGUGUGCGUGACGUCCGUCUGCGUCAUCCUGCCACUCAACCUGUCCGGCAACCUGCUGAAUAAUGACCCCCACAGCUUUGGCAGAACCACCAUUGCCAAUCUGCAACAAGGUGACAGUCUGCUGUGGCUGCAUACAGUGAUUGCAGUACUCUAUCUUUGCCUGACGGUGGCAUUGCUGAGACACCAUACCUCACAGAUGAACGAAACGCCAAGGGAUACGGCCAGAAGCACACUCUUUGUCCGAGCUAUUCCCAAAAGUGCCUCAGAGGACAGCGUCAAAAUGCAUUUCAUGGAAGCAUAUCCCUCCUGUCAGGUGACUGAUGUUCGCCUCGUCUAUAACGUGGCUAAGCUGAUCCAGCUGGCUACUGAAAGGAAGCGGGUGGCCAAGAACCUGCAGUACUACGAAAGGGUUCUGGAGCGGCAAGGGAGGGCUGAGGUCAUCAACCCGCACCUGUGUGGCUGCCUGUGCUCCCCCUGCUGCCAAGGACGGGCCUGCCAGGAGGUGGAUGCUUUGGAGUACUACAGUUCCCAGGGGGCCGUUCUGCUGGAGGAAGAGGAGAGAGAGAAGGCGAAUGUGCCUCAGAACCCACUGGGAAUGGCGUUCGUCACCAUGCACACAGAGUCUAUGGCAAACUAUAUCCUGAAGGACUUCAAUGCCGUAGACUGUACAGGUAGAGGGGGCUGUGGUCGAGAACCGCAGCCUUCGACCAAUAGCGCAAACCUGGGCGUCAGAAGAUGGCGAAUCACACGUGCGGCUCACCCAAACAACAUAUACUGGGAGAACCUGUCCGUGAAGGGUUUCCGCUGGUGGAUACGUUUCCUCCUCAUCAACAUCCUGCUCUUCCUCCUCCUCUUCUUCCUCACCACUCCCUCCAUCGUCAUCUCCACCUUUGACAAGAUCAACGUCACCAAGCCUAUCAGCUACCUUAAUUCUCCCAUCAUCAGUCAGUUCUUCCCAACACUGCUACUGUGGACCUUCUCUGCUCUGCUGCCCACCAUAGUCUACUACUCUACCAUAGGAGAGGCCCACUGGACAAGGUCCAGUGAGAACAUGAGCAUGAUGUACAAGCUCUACAUCUACCUGCUGUUCAUGGUGCUGAUACUGCCAUCUCUCGGGCUCACCAGUCUGGAUUUGCUCUUCCGCUGGAUGUUUGAUGGCAAAUCAGAAGGGAAGCUGAGAUUUGAGUGUGUGUUCCUGCCCGACCAGGGUGCGUUCUUUGUGAACUACGUGAUAGCGGCCGCUCUGGUUGGCUCUGGCAUGGAGCUCCUGCGGUUGCCAGGGUUACUGCUCUACACCAUCCGCAUGGCUCUCGCACGCUCCGCCGCAGAGAGGAAGUACGUCAAACAGAACCAGGCGUAUGAGUUUGAGUACGGCGCCAUGUACGGUUGGAGUCUGUGUGUCUUCACUGUCAUCAUGGCCUACAGUAUCACCUGCCCCGUCAUCGUGCCUUUCGGUCUGCUGUAUCUCUUCCUGAAGCACCUGGUGGAUAAGCACAACCUCUUCUUUGCCUUCCUGCCUGCGCGCCUGGAGAGGCAGGUGCAUUUCGGAGCUGUCAAUCAAGCACUGGCUGCACCAAUCAUCUGCCUCUUCUGGUUGUACUUCUACUCUGUGCUCCGAACAGGGUUCAUGGCGCAGACGUCUCUCUUCACACUGGUGGUCAUCUGCAUCACCAUCUUCAUCUGCAUUGCGUACUCCUGCUUUGGCCACUUCAAAUACCUCAGCCCACACAACUACAAGCUGAAGGAUGAAGACCCAGAGGACUAUGACCGAGCAGCCACCAACUCUGAGAGCAUGGUGUACGCCCCCCGAGUGCUAACCUCUAACCUGGAGUGUGAUUCGCCAGACAACUUUGGUUUCCGCCAAUCGUACGGGACGACAGACAGUAGCCCUGUCAUCUUGAGUCCAGCUGACGAGUCCCCUAUCGAACCUUAGAGAGAGAGAAGGGGGAAGCGUUUCAGAUGCCAGUUGCCUGUAACUGUGACAUCCAUGAAGAACCUUGAAGAACCGUUUAGAUCACCAGUUGCCGUGUCACCACAUCGGUAUCUAUAUAACAACCCCAACACCAUGUUUGUGGGCCACCAACACCGUAGCAGCUGAGAUUUGACCUGUUAACCUUUAACUUGGAAUCACUGUAUACUUCCAUUGCAGUUAUUCUGCGUCAGAUCCAAAACUAAACUGAAGUCACGCGAGCUGCAGCCAGGUCAGAGUAACUGAGGUCAGCUAUUACAGACAAUUCUUCGCUAGAAAGCAGAUAUGCAUUAUACACACAAAUAAUGAGAGACUAUUAAUAGAAAAAAAUGUUGAUGGAAAAAAUAUUACAGUAGGUUUGCAAAUUUUGAUAUGUAGACAUAAUUGUCUAAAUAGCCGUGAUUUUGUGCAUGAAUAGAGACAUUGUCCCUGGUGUUACAGCUCUGUUGUUAAGGUGCUAGUGACUUGUGGGAACUUGCUCAUAUGGAGAGGAGCCAUGCGGCUCAACGGCUUCUUCAUUUGGUUCAGCUAAGAAAAUGCUGUGCCAACCUGCAGACUUUUUUUUAACUUUUUUUAUUUUGAUACUUGAUCCUGGGUAUUUGUACUGUUUGGGUGCCAUUUUGUAAACCCUGGGUGAGGUAAGACAGCCCCUGUUUGAAGUCAGACCCAACAGUAAUAUAAUAUCUGUUGUUCUGACUGUGUUAAGGCCAUAGAAAGGUGUUACGAUGCAGGAAUUCCUCAGUAGGCCCCAGCUCAUAUCCGCCUCUUAAAGUGAUACUGUCCCAUUUUUGGAAUUAAGCUUAUUUUAUACCUCUCCUUGAGUUAAAUGAUUGGGUUUUACCUUUCUCCAACCGUUCUCUGAGUAUGGCAGUGCAAAUUUUGCCUCCAUGCAAGCAGUCAACAUUGAGUCCUAUGAGACCAGCUGGCGGCUAGCUGGUAAAAUUUGCACUGCCGUACUCAGAGAACGGCAGGAAGUACAGGAGAAAGGUAAAACUCAACAAUUUAACUGAAGAGGAGGUCUAAUAUGAGCUGAUUUCCAAAAAUGGUGCAGUAUCACUAGUGUGACAUAGUGACCACUGUAUGUGAAGGCGGUCCCCCUUUCGAGAAACUAAACCACGAGAGCCAGUUUAACCACUGGGUGUAACCCAGAACACUAUGCAUGCACAGAUCAAAAUUCGCACCAUUGUCUAAUUCUGAAGGGUGUCUCUUUGAUGUGACUGUAGGGAAGUGUAUCUUCUAACGUUGUAACCUGAAGCUAAACUAGCUGUAAUGUACGUGCGCAACACAUCUAAUGUGCACAUAGCUUGAGAUUGUUUUGAGGAACAUUUUCACCAUCCUUACAAAGGAUUCCAGCCAUCCCAUUAUUUUUUUAAAUUUACAUACAAAUGUCAUGCAAUUUUAUUCAGACCCCCACCCCUAUAAUUCUGCACUGUACUGCAGUGAAAAUUGUAUUUCUACAGUAUUACUGCACCAAAUGUUCCAGACCUGGUGCUCGUGGUCAAAUUUCAUAGCCUAAUGCAGUGGCAGAACAAUUGCACACAGGGCCUCAGAGCAAAACAUUGAUGGGCCCCCCUAUACAGCUUCCUAGGUUCAGGAUAUGGCCCAUCAAUACAGGAGGACCCUCACACAAAGGGACGACUGAUGCACUAAUGCCCAAAUUACGUUUUCUCCCUGCAUUAGCACAGUGUCUCUGGGCUUUGUCUGUCCAACACACAUCGUGUCAGUAAAAAAUAUUUAUUAAUAUCCGUCCUACACACACUCACACAGACACGGCUGACAAAUAGCAGUUCCUUUCAGCUUUGACAUCCUGUAGCCUUCUGUUGGUGAAAGUAAAUAUCUGUGAGGUUCGCUCCUUGCCAUGUUACAGGCUAAUUCACAGCUUUGCAAAAAAAGUUUUGCAUUUAAAAUAUGCUGUUAUCAAGUGUAAAUGAUGUGUAGUGUAAACAUUUCAUACAUGUCACUCUUUCUUUAGCUAGGCUAUUACUGUAUGUAAGCACACAUGUUCAAAAUGAGCUGUAGGUGCAAACAAGCAUCUUUCAUGUUCCAAGCAUGGCUUAUGGCAUUGUUUCCCAACCUUUUUUGUCUUAAGUACCCCCUAAGCCUUUUCUCAUACCACAAGUACCCCCUGACUCAUGCUUUAUAUCCCAAUGUGACUAUGCUCCAUACAUGUUUUCAUUUUUCCAAGUACCCCCUGCAGGGUGCUCGCGUACCCCUAGUGGUACACGUACCCCUGGUUGGGAAACACUGGAUUAUGGUACAAGCACAUUUCUUGAGUCAAGCAUAGGUUCAUGAUGCCAUGAAUCGUGAACAGUAGAAAUCACGUGCAGCCUGUUGGCAUGUGUUCAUACUAGGCAUUGCCAUUUUGGUACGGGUUGCUAUGUUUUUCCCACAAUCUACCACCUAUGGGGGGACGUUCAUGUCGCAAAUUGAUGUUCAUUUAAACAGAGCUACCCCAGUACAAAUAUGGCGGAAACCAAAUCGACGUAUUUGUUCCAAUAGACAGGGGUAGUCAUCAUGGUAUCUCCUGUGCUAUACCCAACAUCGGUAACACUUUAUUUUAGGGAUACAUCUAUAAGCACAAUAUUAAUGCCUGUGUAAGUAACUUGUUAGGCAUGUACUAAGCAAAAUCAGACAGUUGUUAGACAUUUAUUAGCAAAUGUCUUGUUCAUGCACCCAUCAUGCUCUACACUUCUUGGAGCUAAUAUUCUCAAACAUUAACUUAAUUAUCACAAAGGAAUAGUUACGUUGUGCUUCAAAACUAUUACUCUUCAUAAUGUUCCGCAUUUAUUGUAGGGUUUUUACAAUUACAACUAAGUGGUACAUGAAAAAAAAAAAUGUCUCACCACCACUUCACCGUCAUAGAGAAGGGUACGUCAAAUCCUUGCUACAUAAUGACUCCUGUUACAAGGUCUGUCCAAUAUGUAAUGAGAGAAGAAUAGAUGCCUUGCCCAAACUGUUUAUAAAAUAAUCACUAUGUGUAUCUUUACACUUUGCUUAUCAGGGGGGAGGGAUAGGUUGUGCGGGCCUGGGUAGUGUUGGCCCUAGGCAGUGUGGGGGCUCUAGGCCAUCUGGGCUGAGCAAUGCUUCACUUUAGAAUAGGGACCCUUAUUCCACAUCUGUUUUCAUACUGUUCAGGGUUUGUUCACAGUGUGUCGGGAGCUUAUACACAUUGUAUUCUGGCACUUAUUACUUACUAAUAAAUAGAAAUAUAGGCUAACUAACUGGUCCUUACUAAUGUUAUAUUAGUAAUAAAUCCUUAAUUGUGCAUCAACAAGAUAUUUGCUAAUAAGUGUCUAACAACUGUCUGAUUUUGCUUAGUACAUGCCUUACAAGUUACUUAUACAGGCAUUAACAUUGUAUGUGUCAGUGCUUAUAGAUGUAUCCCUAAAAUAAAGUGUUACCCAAACAUCUUCUAUUGGAAUAAGACACUUCAAGCCCGUGCAUUUCCUGGAUCCAUGUGAUGUCAGGUGAAUGCCUAGGAGACCUUCGGUUAGGAGACCUUUGGAGUCUUACAGUUGAGAAUAAAUGGAGUUCCCUUGGCAAUGUAGAUGGUGGUAAAGCACAUCUCACGCAAGCUGUCACCAAAUGCCGCAGAAAGACAAGAAGGAGGGGACAGCGCCCCCUUUGGACACCAAACUUGAACACACUCCUUUGCAUUGGGUGGGCAGAGUUUGGGUUAUCUUACUCUAAUAGAAGAUGUUUGGCUAUACGGUUCCAUGUUACGAUGCCAGCACGUCUCAUGUGCCAAGCAUGGGCUGAUGGUGCAAAGUGCUGUUACUCAACUAGGGGGAUUUCUUGCACCGUCUCCAGAACUGGGCGACUGGCUGUGCCAGGGAGAGGGCCGGCAGCUGGUUUCCAUGACGCUGGUCACGUAAUAUGUUGUCUAUUCAGAUAUAUUGUACGAUAACUAUAAAGAUAACUAUAACUUUGUGAAAAUCCCUGUAACUCUACUGAAGACCGCCGUUCACAUAUCAUCUACAUUGACGACAACUUGCUGGAUGAAGUCAUUGGGGUCACGUUCAAAAGCGAUUUUCUGUUCUGUAAAAGCAAUGUCAGUCAAUCAGAGCCAAACAUUCAUUUGAAUGUGAUGAGGUCUGGAAUAAUUGUCCCACUGAUGGUGCCAUUUUAGGGGGACACAUGGUUUUUGGAUGUGAUUUGAGUUGCGAAUGCACAGACAAUUUAGGACAUAAUGUAGUCAGGAUGAGUUGCGUACAAAAACAUUUACGGCCAAGGAGGAAAAAGUGAGUGAAAGUGAGCUCCUCCCACCUAAAAUGGCGCCAUUGGCCUAGUACACAUUAUACCAAGCCCUCCUAGCAAAGAGAGUAGAUUAGAGUAAGACACUUUUAGGCUCUGACUUUUCCGGGAUCCAUGUGAUGUCGGGUGAACGCCCCCUUUAGGAGACCUUCGGAGUCUUCUGGUUGAGAAUAAAUGGAGUCCCCUUAGCGCUGUAGAUGGUGGUAGCGCACAUCCUGUGCAAGCCACCACCAAACAUCACAAAAAGAGAAGAAAAAGGAAGGGACAACGCCCCCUUAGGAGACCAAACUUGAGCACAGUCCUUUGCAUUGGGUGGGCAGAGUUUGAAUCCUCUUUCUCUAAUCUACUCUCUUUGCUCUUGGUAUCUCUUGGCUCUUAGCUGUAAACAAAUUAUUUUCCAGACAGUCAAUGAGGCAUCAGAAUACUGGUGGCAACCAAAGUUUCUGUAGUCUAAUCUUUAUGCCAAAGCAAAUGUGCCUGAGUUUAUAUAGGUAAAUUAAAGGGAUACCUCACCCCCAGGCGAAAGUAAGUCAGUUCCCGCAGUCCCAGUUGGAUUAGGGAUCAGACGCGUUUUCCAUGCAGAACUACUUAGAUUACAGUGUCUAAGCCGACAUUAGUUUAGUUUAGUAAAGCAUAGUCGCUGUAAUCUACAAUAGCCAUUUCAAAAUUCCAGUGACUAAAUUUUGCAUGGGUGUGGGGGAAUCCCUUUAAUUGCACAGUUGACUUAUCUGAUGUGUGAAUACUUUGUCAGGGUCUUUGCAUUUCUACAUAGCAGUUGGGUUUUUUUAACACCAAAUGCUUGGAUUGUACAUACUUGUGCUACUUUUAUGUUUGUGGGGCUAUGUAAUGUUAUGAACGAUGAACAAAAAGAGUAACUGUAUGUCAUAACUGUAUUGUUAUAUCAUAACAGUUUUGCAUUAAACAGCUUUCUGAGACUGAA